AGAAAAAUCCUACCGGUAUUAAAACUGAGUUAUAAUUACUUGCCAUCUCACUUGAAACAAUGUUUCUCUUAUUGCUCAAUCUUUCCCAAGAAUUGGGAGAUUAGUAAAGAAACUUUGGUUCAUCUUUGGAUGGCAGAAGGAUUUCUCAAACAAUCUGGUACAAGAAACAAAAGAUCAAUCGAAGACCUUGGACGUGAUUAUUUUGAAAGUCUUGCGAGGAGCUCCUUUUUUCAUAAUUUCAAGAAGAAUGCAGUGGACGACAUUAAAACAUGCAAGAUGCAUGAUCUUGUGCACGAUCUUGCACAAGAUGUUUUUGGGGAAAAUGAAUUGUUAUCUCUCAAGGAAAGUAAAUCUGCAGAUGUUUCUAAAGUUUUUCGAUUACAGUUGGAUUUGGGUGAAGAAAUAUCAACAACAUUUUUGAAAAGCUUAAGUUACGCGAAGAAGUUGCGGACACUUUUUAUCCCUGAAGGUUCGAAGCUGGAUCCUUCUAUCUUCUCAGAAAAUAAACGCUUGCGUAUCUUAUAUGUGGGUCGCUCACCAGAUCAUACUUAUCCAGGACCAAAGUGGCAUUCUUUGAGUGUGCUAAAACAUUUAAGGUACCUCCGUCUUACCUCUCUUGAUCUUAGUGAAUUAGAAACUGAUAAGUCCAUCAAUAAACUUUAUAAUUUGGAGUCAUUAGUAUUGAAUGACAUGGGUAUUGGUGUUCAAAUUCUUCUUACAAACAUUCAGUCAUUAGAAAAAUUAAGAUAUCUUGAAGUCUCCGAUACGGAUAUGGUAGAACUACCCGAUUCCGUCACAAGUCUUUCUAAUUUGCAGACGCUGGAUCUCAAUAAUUGUGCAUUAAGAUUCAUUCCAGAAUCGAUUUCUGGCUUGAAAAAUCUUAGAUUCCUAAAUUUGUCAUUCAACCCAAUCCAAGAAUUACCUGUUUCUGUCAUCACCCUCUCCAAUUUGGAAACGUUAGACGUCAGUUCCUGCAAAAAAUUUAAAGCCUUACCAGAGUCCGUGGAAGGUCUUAAGAAUUUGAGCAUUUUUAAUUUCAGAAUGUGUCCUUUACUUGAAGCAUUACCCGAAGAUUUUGGAGCUUUAACUCAGUUAAGAUUCCUUAACUUACAUGGAACUAGGAUCUCCGUGUUACCCGAGUCUUGUGCUAACCUCAACAAUCUUGAGUUUGUGGAUCUUUUCCAGUGUGAGCUUCCUAGAAAUGUCAAACAUUUGACAAAACUUAGAUACUUUGGGCACAAUUGGUGUGAUCCACCAGCGGUAUUGGGUGUGGGAAAACUAGUUUUCCUUCAGAAGUUGGUUUACUCGGUGCCAGAAACAAUAAUUAAUGAACCCGAAGGUAAUGUUGGUAUCGAAGAGUUAGGAAACCUAAACUUUCUUGAAAUGCUUCGGAUCGGGAAUCUUCAGAAUGUGCAAGAACCAAUUGAUGCUGAGAGUGCAGAUUUGAAAGGAAAACUGAAUCUUCGUAGAUUGUGUCUAAACUUUGGUGAAAUGAAGAAAAAAAUUAAAAUGAAGUCGUGUCAUCUUCAAGUAUUUGAAGCUCUCCAACCUCCCACGAGUUUAAGAAGCUUGCGUAUUGAGUACUUCAAUGGGUGUGACCUUCCUACGUGGAUGUGUGUUCCAUAUGGUCUUCCAAAUUUGGUAGAGUUGAAACUCAUAAGUUGCAAAGGAAUUAAACAACUUCCAGCAUCUAUUGGCCAGCUCCCAUGUCUAGGUCAUCUUGAUCUUACGGGAUUGUCGUCUUUGAAGAGUUUAGAUAUUAGCGGAUUUGCUUCGUUAAUAGAUCUACUUCUUACUGAUAUGUUCCGUCUAGAAGAAUUGAGUUAUUCAUAUCCUUGCCUUCAGUAUCUGAAGAUUAUUCGCUGCAAACGUUUAGCAGAAAUCCCCUUGUUUCCUUCUCUGGUGUAUUUGGAAUUAGUGAAGGUCGACCACAAGUUAGUAAGCUCGGUUGGGAGAAGCCAGAUGACAUCUCUCACACAUCUAUGUUUGGAGGAUAUUGAUGAGCUUAAAUACUUGCCAAUACGCAUACUCCAAAACAAUUGUAAUCUUCAAUCUCUGGGAAUUAAAGAGUGCAAUCAGUUGGAAGGCUUUGGUAUAAAUGAUGAUGAGAAUGAGAACGUAGUUGCUCUGUGUGGCUCUGAACUCUACAAUGGUUCUCUUCAGAAAUUGGGUUUAUUCAAUUGCCCACUUCUCAAGUUUCUUCCAGAUUUACGAGGAUGGACUUCUCUUCAGAAAUUAGUCAUUUGGAACUGCCCACGAGUGAAGGAGUCCUUAAACUAUGAUCUCAAAAAUCUCUCAUUUCUUCAAGAACUUGCUGUUGAUUUUAUUCAAAGAGACGACCACCGAGGAGAUCCAUCUGUUGUAGAAGACUUGAUUAAUUUGAUGGCGUAAGAGGUUCAUAGGUGUAUGCAUGCAUGGCUAAGGACAGGAGACGAUAUGAAUUAUGUUUCUGAUAUGAAUUACAAUCACAUUACCUUCUCUAAUCCAGAGAUAGCGCUGAAUACAAGUGAUUAAAACAAAAUAACAAAUAUUUUUGGAAGCAGCAGAGAUGAUAAAGUGGAGGACAAUUAUCAAGUCCUAAUAGUAGUGUACUGAGCUCAACCUUCUUCAUAUUUGUGCUGACAAUGGAUUCAUGGAAAAAUGGAAGCCUGUGGCAGAGAAUUGUUUUGUUUAGGUCGCAGUUUAAUGAAACCGUUGAGAACUAGUUGAUAAACCUACAGCGUUUGUAUUGACUUUGAAAGACUACCCGGUGCUAAAGUCACAGCCAGAUUCACAAGUAUGGUCUUCCAUGCCGACAAUAAUCAUCAGCCAUUUCCCCUUGGUGUAGAACUUAUCUAAGUGAUGAUUAGUGAGGAGAUCCACGUAUUGGAGUAGAGUGUAUUAAUUUGAUGGAGUAGCAGGUGUUUGGACGGCUAAGGAGAGGCAAAAAAAUAAAGUGAUUCGAUCCUAGUAGUUCUAAUGUAGCCUGCAGCUGCAUGUAGUGGAUUUACAAGAAUACUAUUCAACCAGCGGAGCUGAUAAAGCAGGGGCUGCCGAGAUUCAUGCUCCGUGAAGAUGCCUCUCCUCAUUGAUUGUUUCUUAACGUAUCUGCCAACGUCAUGUUGGUUGCUAUGGGGAUAAUCAGAACUCAAUAACGCAGAUUUAGGAUAGAUAUUUAGCUCUGAAAAAAAUUGGCAUUUUAGAUUAGAAUUAUGUGGAUAUUAAAAGAAGGAAUAUACUUACGUCCAUAGAAAUGUCUUGGAUAAGAAAAAUGAUGAAAUAGCCUAGAUGAGAUUUUAAACCCACAGAUUGUUCAAGUGGUGGAAUGGAUGACAAAAGACUUGUAUGUGUAUCUUUGAAAUAUUGCUGGGAAGUAAACAACGGCUGUUAUUCACUCUUUUA